AUGGAUCCUGCAAUUGCUGUUGCGAUUAGGGAACAACUAUAUGAGACCGCCAUCCAGAGUGUUGCUUCGGCCAGGGAAACUAGAAUAAAUAAGAAGGGUCGCAGAGGAUCUGAACAGUUUUCAGCCAGGAAAAGAAGGGAGUGGGAUGUCUAUGAGCCCAUUGUCGAUCUCCUAUCGAAUGAGGAAGUGGAUGCCCUUGAAGCAAAAGAAGAAAGGAAUGCUCGGGCAUGA